AUGGCGCAGAGAGAGCAGGUGGCGUGGUGUUUGGGAGUGGAACUGGCAUCCAAUUUUGGGAAAUAUCUUGGAUUUCCUUCCUUUAUAGGAAGAAAUAAAAGGGCUGUAUUUGCAUAUAUAGAAGAUAAAAUCAGGCAGAGAAUUGGAUCAUGGAACAAAAAAUUGCUCUCACAGGCUGGGAAGGAGCGUAUUAUGAACAAAUAUUGGUGGGGGACAGGUACAGAUCGUGGAAUACAUUGGAAAGCUUGGGAUAAAUUAUGUAUCCCUAAAAAAUAUGGAGGAUUAGGUUUUAAGGACCUCCGUGCAUUUAAUCUGGCCAUGCUAGGGAAACAGGCAUGGAGAUUUCUUACGGAACCCACCACUUUGGUAGCAAGGAUUUAUAAGGCUCGAUACUAUCCUACGACCACUUUUGUUGAUGCUACCAUAGGGAAUAACCCAAGUCACUGCUGGCGUAGUCUUAUGGCCACCCAUGAUCUAGUCUGCGCCGGGGUGCGCAGAAGGAUUGGAAACGGUAGGGAUACAUUGAUAUGGGGACAUCCUUGGUUGUCUGAUGAUCCUAGCCCUUUGGUUCAAACACACAUGCCUGAGGAGCUACGAGGGGCAUUAGUGAGUGGCCUGAUAGAUCAAGAUACAGGCGUGCUGGACUCGUUGACGGAAGGGCAGGUACGGCUGGCUGUUGGGAUUCUAUAUUAUUUGUGGCUAGCAAGGAACUCGGCGUUAUGGGAAAGAAGCUUGCCACGGCCCACAUCCACGGUGAGGAGGGCGGUGAUGGCCGAGGAAGCCUACACCAGGCUGGGACGUGCAAGUUACCAGCCUCAUGCCACCGUGUUGCCGGAGAGCGACCCACACGAGCGGCCCAGGUGUUACUUCGACGCGGGCUACAGACAACACACGGGAGAAGCGACAUACGGAGUUGUGCUACUCAAUCACGAAGGUGUUUUUAUGGCAGCCACGGCAGGAACGUUACCGGGUGCUUUUUCACCUAUUAUGGCAGAAGCUCUAGCCUGCAAGGAAGCUCUAUCAUGGCUUAAGGGGCGCGAUACACAGAUGAUUGAUCUACUCACAGAUUGUAUGGAGUUGCGAAACAUGAUAACAUCAAGAGGUACCAGAACUCGAUCUUAUGUUGGGGUCAUUGUGGACCAGUGCAGGACAACUAUGUCAUUAUUUACUUCUUGUUCUUUACAUUAUAUUUCCAGAGCUGUUAAUAUGCAUGCUCAUACACUAGCUUCGUUAGCUUUUGAUCAGGACCAUCCUAUGUACUGGGAUGUAAUCCCUCCAGACUCUAUUACUAUGUUCGUUCAUUAA